ACCUGGUGUAAUUUAACCCUCAAGUGGAAACAUUGCUUUCCUUCCAAACAUAGAACUCCGUUUAAGAACGUAAAACAAAAAAACACUCGGACAAACAUCGUCAACCGUAAUCAAGGGUUCUCAUCCUUACCCUUACGCUGUUACCACACCAGAUCAGGAAAUUCCACUGACAUUACCACACACGCUUUCUCUCAGAUCGGGCAAUGGCUCCUCCGGCUCAAUCUCAGCGAUCUCCUUCGCCUUCUCAACCGUCCGGUAAAGGGGAGGUCUCUGAUCUGAAGAUGCAGCUUCGACAGCUGGCUGGGAGUCGUGCACCCGGGACUGAUGAUUCGAAACGAGAUCUCUUCAAGAAAGUGAUCUCGUACAUGACAAUUGGGAUUGAUGUGUCCUCGGUUUUCAGUGAGAUGGUGAUGUGCUCGGCUACUUCAGAUAUCGUUCUAAAGAAAAUGUGUUACUUGUAUGUGGGUAAUUAUGCCAAAUAUAAUCCCGAUCUUGCGUUACUUACUAUAAACUUUCUUCAAAGAGAUUGCAAGGACGAAGACCCAAUGAUAAGAGGUUUGGCAUUGAGGAGUUUGUGUUCGCUCCGUGUGCCGAACUUGGUGGAGUACUUGGUGGGGCCAUUGGGUGCGGGGUUGAAGGAUGGGAAUAGCUAUGUGAGGAUGGUUGCAGCUGUAGGGGUGCUGAAAUUGUAUCACAUAUCUGCUUCUACUUGUGUGGAUGCUGAUUUCCCUGCUCUUCUUAAGCAUCUGAUGCUUAAUGAUCCAGAUUCUCAGGUGGUUGCAAAUUGUUUAUCUGCUCUACAAGAGAUAUGGGGCUUGGAAGCAAGUUCAUCAGAGGAAGCAGUAAGAGGGAGAGAGGCCUUGAUUAGCAAACAAAUUAUAUAUUACCUAUUAAAUAGGAUCAAGGAAUUUAGCGAAUGGGCUCAGUGUACUGUUCUUGAAUUGGUUUCUAAGUAUGCACCACCUGAUAGCAAUGAGAUAUUUGACAUCAUGAAUCUUCUAGAAGACAGACUUCAGCAUGCAAAUGGUGCAGUUGUUUUAGCAACCAUAAAGUUAUUUCUACAAUUGACGAUGUCUAUGACAGAUGUUCAUCAACAGGUGUAUGAGCGUAUCAAAGCCCCUCUACUUACUCUUGUGAGCUCUGGGAGUCCCGAGCAAUCCUAUGCCGUGCUUAGCCACUUGCAUCUUUUGGUCAUCCGUGCACCAAUGUUGUUUGCUUCAGAUUACAAACACUUCUAUUGUCAAUACAAUGAACCAUUCUAUGUUAAGAAAUUGAAGCUUGAAAUGUUGACAGCGGUGGCAAAUGAGAGCAAUACUUACGAAAUAGUGACUGAAUUGUGCGAGUAUGCUGCAAAUGUUGAUAUUCCCAUUGCAAGGGAGUCUAUAAGAGCUGUUGGGAAAAUUGCACUUCAGCAAUACGAUGUAAAUGCCAUUGUUGAUAGGUUGCUUCAGUUUUUGGAGAUGGAGAAGGACUACGUAACUGCAGAAACACUGGUUCUUGUAAAAGAUCUGCUGCGAAAAUACCCGCAAUGGAGCCAUGAUUGCAUUGCUGUUAUUGGGAACAUAAGCAGCAAUAAUGUCCAAGAACCAAAAGCCAAGGCAGCUCUUAUAUGGAUGUUAGGUGAGUAUGCUCAAGAUAUGCAAGAUGCUCCUUAUGCAUUGGAAGGUCUCAUUGAGGAUUGGGAAGAUGAGAACUCUCCAGAGGUACGUUUGCAUCUUCUUACAGCAGUAAUGAAAUGUUUUUUCAGAAGACCACCAGAGACUCAAAAAGCCUUGGGUGCUGCUUUAGCUGCCGGGCUUGCUGAUAUGCAUCAGGAUGUCCAUGAUAGAGCCUUAUUUUACUACAGGCUUUUGCAACACAGUGUAUCUGUAGCAAAUAGUGUGGUCAAUCCUACUAAGCAAGCUGUUUCGGUCUUUGCCGAUAUUCAAAGCAGUGAGAUCAAAGAUCGUAUUUUUGAUGAGUUUAACAGCCUCUCUGUCCUAUACCAGAAGCCUUCUUACAUGUUCACAGAUAAAGAACAUCAAGGACCAUUUGCCUUUUCAGAAGAGCUUGGGAAUUUGUCUAUUGGUUCAGAACCUGCAGAUGACAUCCUUCCUGCGCAAAGGGUUGAGGCGAAUGAUGAGGAUCUGCUUUUGACUACCACAGAGAAAGAAGAAAGUAGGGCCCAUGGCAAUAACGAUUCUGCAUAUAAUGCACCUGCAUAUGACAGUUCUUUAUCCCAGUUAGCCGUCUCGCAAACUGAAGGAGAGCUUGUAUCCUUGGAUCAAACAGUACCAGCAGACGCUCCACAAGCUAGCUCAGCCAUUGAUGACCUAUUUGGUCUAGGAUUGUCUAUUGCACCUAGUCCUGCUCCCUCCACUCCAUUGAAGCUAAAUUCGAAAGCUGUGCUUGAUCCAAGCACUUUCCAGCAGAAAUGGCGCCAACUUCCAGUUUCAAUAUCACAGGUUCUCAUUCUAUUAUAUUUGUCCUGCAUUUUGUAUGCUUUGACUUUGUUACAAUAAUUUUGAGAUGA